AUGGCGCAGACAGAAGACAGAAGUUGUGAUGCGAUUGAGCGAGAAAAAGGCUUCGAAGUUUUCACACAGUCGGAUGCAGUUCACAAACUUACUACCAGCCAAGCCCAGUCUGACAUCGUUCAGCCGGUGCCCAAACCUGCGUUGGUUUCUACACAGAGCCAAUGCAUUUCAAAGCAAACGAACGCGCUGGGAAUUCAGAUCGAGAGCGAAGCACCGCCCGUGGAAAUUGUUGCAGAAAAAGCCGCUCCGGUCGUUCAUUCAGCACCCCGUGUGGCUCAGACAGAAGACAGAUGUUGUGAUGCGAUUGAGCGAGUAAAAGGCACUGAUAUGUUCACGCAGUCGGAUCCAGUCCGCAUACCUGUCAUGGUUGACGAUUGUGUUUCUGCCUUACCAUUGGAAACAAAGCCAGCUUCAUUUGGAAAGAACCUGCAGGUCAACCUGGCGGAAUUGGAGGCGACACAAUCGCAGACCCAAGUAUGCCGCAUGGGAGCUGCUGUAACUAGUGGCAUCGUGCCUCGCGUCGCGCCUGUGAGACUGGAUUCAUCCCUCGUGCAGUCAAGCGUCUCACGAGUCAUCGCACCAGUUCUGGCUGAUUCUGCAAGCCAAAGCCUACAGCCGUCACUUUCUUCCCUUGGGGUUCAAAUCGAAGCAAGCAAAGAACCCGUCCCAGUCAUUGCUCCAGUCGCUGCACCGGUUGUGAAGUCGGCGCCUCCUAUGCCAGCGGCUGCUACUGAAGACAGGGCUUGUGAUGCAAUCUCCGGACCUCAGUGCGCUGACGCCUUUGCGCAGUCCACUCCCACUGUGACGCCCCUAAAAUCUUCCAUCUCUCAGAGUGAAUCCAUCACCCGACCGACCUACGUUUACCUCACGGCCCAAUGUGUCAACAUUGGUACCUAUGACUUUAACGAAACCGCCAAUACACUUAACCUUCCAGCCGACUUCCUGACAUUCGGGAAAACGCAGACAGCCACCCCACUGCUUUCCACUUCAUGCCAAACUAGGCCUAAGCCGAUGCCGGCACCUAUGCUGUCUACCACAAAGACUCAAUGCAUUUCAAAGCAAAUGAACGCGCACGGAAUUCAGGUGGAGAGUGAACCGCCGCCCGUGGAAGUUGUUGCAAAUAAAGCUGCCCCGGUUGUGCAUUCAGCACCCCCGGUGGUGCCUCGAAAUGACAUGUGGGUACAGGCAGAGUUACCAGCAAAACGGCCACCGUGCAGAGGAGUUCGUAUUCAAGCCGGACUGCCUGCUGCCGCGCCUAAAGUUCAAGUUCAGAAGAGGGACGGAUACGUCCAGUCUACGCCUGUAGUAAUGGUCGGAACGACACAGACCUACGAGCAGGAAGAAACACCACUUAUCACGGUGGUGGCCCAACCUAAGGUCGAAACUGCACCGCCUGCGAAGCCAAUCCCAGACGAUAACAUCUUCUCAUUCACUCGCGAGACCGUCGCUCGCGUAACACGCAGCAGUUCACGAAAGUCAUCGGGACUGAUCCCUUACAAGACGCAGGUCUUCUCUUCGCCUAAGCAAAUGUCAUCUAGUAUGCCUGCCCAACUGAACGUUCGUGUCGACGGAGGUAACACUAUCACAUCCACCACAGAGCAGAUCACCUAUCAGCAGGCACCUAUAGCCUCCAACCUUCCUCGGCGCUAUGUAACACGACUACGUUCGCCAUCAGCUCGCAACUUCUACACUCGCAGAAAUAGGUCUGCAGAACAUGUCGACGGUUAUGAUACCUACGUGAAUCGGGGCAUGUGUCGUAACUUUGUCAGCGACCACGAACUCUACACUGGCAAUACAUGCGAACAUUGCAGCCCGCAUGCCGGUUUCCAGCAGUUUGGAGUCGAGCAGAGGUGUACUGCUACACUUGAAGCCUACGUCCGACAGCUGGGCUACGAGACAGUCCACCGCACCCUCGUAGAGGUGGCCCAGGCCCUGGAACUGGAGGAAUGGACACCACUGGCACCGGGAGAACAGAUUUCCAUCGUCUACCAGUCUGAACUCUCUGCGGCGGAGGCGAACUUCUUCUGCUUCGGUGAGGAGGGUGCUGACAGCUCCGGCAAACAGGUGGUAGGAUUGGUUCGAAAGGCGGAACCACUGACUAUGUACCAGCCCGGGGCUGUUCGUCCCAUACAGGAAAUGUCUUCCGAGGAGUUUCUGAAGAGCCGUGCCCUCUCGGCCUACUGCAGUGAUGCAGAACUCCAGGAGUCCGGAAUCAAGACAAAUUACUCCGCCUACGAUGCAUUCACCCUUGUCUCCUGGCAGGCUAAUGACCGCGGUGAUGGGCGACUGGAGUUGUCAACUCUGGGUCGACUGUUGAAGCUCACUUUGGUUGGAGCUCGGUUACCGAGCUCUGGCGAGAUUAUUGCAGCAGCAGACGCCUUCUAUCGCGGCGUCCUUCGGAUAGUCUACUUUGAUGAGGAAAGCUCAACCAUGCUCACGCUGCCGGCGGCCAUCAACACUGGUCACGUUAUUGUCGAGAAACAGUAUCCCCCGGGCCUAGGUAUAGCUCUUCGCGGAGACCAGGACAGGUACCCGGUGCAGUCAGAGGUUGUUUGGAAUACACCAGAACUGCGUCACCGAUCCUACAAGGUCAACUACAUUCGCAAGUCUGAAAACGAGAAGAUUGACGUUCUCACGGCGCUGGAUGAAGGCGUAAUUGACCAGUACAGUGGAGAAAUCGUCAACGUCACACUAUCACCAUCUAUUAGCAUGGGGGAGCCAAUUCACGAGGCGAGAGAGUCAAGCGUUGGCUCCGGUGACACUGUGCUACGCAGGCAAAAGCCAGAACGAUUCACAAUAAAUGAAGCAAUACUUAAUGACAUUCUGAAUGUGGAAUUCGACGGCCAGGAGACAAGUGUACGCGUCGAUUUGACAGCAGAGUGUACCGAGGACUCGAAUGGUUCGAAAUCAGGCUCUGGCGAGCCCUCGGAAGUGGACAUAUAA